GGACGGAGAGGCUACGGUGGGAGGAUGGCGGAGCCCGCCGACAAGCUGUACCGGGCCGAGUACGCCAAGAGCGGCCGCGCCUCCUGCAAGAAAUGCGGCGAGAGCAUCGCCAAGGACUCGCUGCGGCUGGCCAUCAUGGUGCAGUCACCCAUGUUCGAUGGGAAGGUCCCACACUGGCACCAUUUUACUUGUUUCUGGAAGCGGGCACGGGUCAUCUCCCAUGCCGAGGUGGACGGCUUCCCCGAAUUGCGGUGGGAUGACCAGGAGAAGAUCAAGAAAGCCAUAGAGACUGGAGGAGUCGCCACAGGUAAAGGUGGAGACCAGGAUGGUGUAGGAGGCAAGGGGGAGAAGACCCUGAAUGACUUUGCAGCCGAAUAUGCCAAGUCUAACAGGAGCACAUGCAAGGGAUGUGACCAGAAAAUCGAAAAGGGCCAGGUGCGGCUGUCCAAGAAGAUGGUGGAUCCCGUGAAGCCACAGUUGGGGAUGAUUGAUCGCUGGUACCAUCCAGACUGCUUCGUCAGCCGCCGAGUUGAACUUGGCUUCCUCCCGCAGUACAACGCCAGCCAGCUCAAAGGGUUUGGUAUCCUGAAGCCAGAGGACAAGGAAACUCUGAAGAAGCAGCUCCCUGCCGUCAAGAAUGAAGGGAAAAGGAAAGGAGAUGAGGUGGAUGGAGGUGGUGUAGUGGCCAAGAAGAAACCGAAAAAGGAAAAAGACAAGGAAACCAAGCAGGAAAAGCUGCUCAAGGAGCAGACAGAGUUGAUCUGGAAUAUCAAAGACGAGCUGAAGAAAGCCUGCUCCACGAAUGACUUGAAAGAGCUGCUCAUAGCCAACAAGCAAGCCGUGCCUUCUGGGGAGACGGCGAUUUUGGAUAGAGUGGCCGAUGGAAUGGCCUUCGGAGCACUUCUUCCCUGCGAAGAGUGCAAAGGGCAGCUUGUCUUCAAGAGUGAUGCCUACUACUGCUCCGGGGACAUCACGGCCUGGACCAAGUGUGUGGCCAAGACCCAGAUGCCCAACAGGAAGGAAUGGGUCAUCCCAAAGGAAUUCAAGGAAAUUCCGUACCUAAAGAAAUUUAAGUGCAAAAAGCAGGACCGAGCCUUCACCCCGGAGGCCAGCGCCCCUGUGACCGUGCCUUUGCCCUCAACCACCCCUGCUCCCCCCACGCUGAACUCGGCUGUGCCGGCAGAUAAGCCAUUGUCCAACAUGAAGAUACUGACUCUUGGGAAGCUUUCCAGAAACAAAGAAGAGAUGAAGGCCGCAAUUGAGGGGCUCGGGGGAAAGUUGACGGGUUCCGCCAACAAGGCCUCCGUAUGCAUCAGUACUCAAAAGGAAGUGGAGAAGAUGAACAAGAAAAUGGAGGAGGUGAAGGAGGCUGGAGUGCGGGUGGUUUCUGAGGAAUUCCUCAAGGAUGUUGCUGCCUCGGGCAAGAGGCUCCAGGAGCUGCUGACCCUGCACGCCUUGUCCCCCUGGGGGGCUGAGGUGAAGCAAGAGCGUCCCGUGGUGCCACCGAGCGGGAAGUCAGGAGGUCCUGUCUCCACCAAGAGUGCGGGCAAGAUCAAGGAGGAGGAAGGAGCCAGCAAGUCCGAAAAGAAGAUGAAGUUAACCGUAAAAGGAGGCGCGGCCGUCGAUCCGGAUUCUGGCCUGGAGGACUCAGCUCACGUCUUUGAAAAGGGUGGGAAAAUCUUCAGUGCCACCCUCGGCCUGGUGGACAUCGUCCGAGGAACCAAUUCAUAUUAUAAGCUGCAGCUCCUGGAGGACGACCGAGAAAUCAGGUACUGGGUGUUUAGAUCCUGGGGCCGCGUGGGCACUGAGAUUGGCAGUAACAAGCUGGAGCAGAUGCCAUCCAAAGAAGAUGCCAUUGAACACUUUCUGAACUUGUAUGAAGAGAAAACCGGCAACUCCUGGCAUUCCAAGAACUUUACUAAAUAUCCCAAAAAAUUCUAUCCUCUAGAAAUCGAUUAUGGGCAGGAUGAGGAGGCGGUGAAGAAACUGACUGUCAGUGCUGGCACCAGGUCCAAGCUCCCUAAGCCCGUUCAGAACCUUAUCAAGAUGAUCUUUGACGUGGAGAGCAUGAAGAAAGCCAUGGUGGAAUUCGAGAUUGACCUCCAGAAGAUGCCCCUGGGAAAGCUAAGCAAGAGGCAGAUCCAGAAUGCUUACUCUAUCCUGAACGAGGUCCAGCAGGCCGUGUCUGAGGGAAGCAGUGACUCUCAGAUCCUGGACCUUUCCAACCGCUUCUACACAUUGAUCCCCCAUGACUUUGGGAUGAAAAAGCCACCGCUGCUGAACAACAUGGACUGUGUGCAGGCCAAGGUAGAGAUGUUGGACAACCUGCUGGACAUCGAGGUGGCCUAUAGCCUGCUCCGGGGUGGCUCUGAAGACGGUGACAAGGACCCCAUUGAUGUCAACUAUGAGAAGCUCAAAACGGACAUCAAGGUGGUUGACAAAGACUCAGAAGAAGCCAGAAUCAUUAGGGAGUACGUCAAGAACACUCAUGCCACAACACACAAUGCUUAUGACCUGCAAGUUGUUGAUAUCUUCAAAAUUGAGCGGGAAGGAGAGAGUCAGCGCUAUAAGCCAUUCAGGCAGCUUCACAAUCGGCAGCUGCUCUGGCACGGUUCCCGGGCUACGAACUUUGCUGGUAUCCUGUCCCAAGGCCUGCGAAUUGCACCCCCUGAGGCUCCCGUGACCGGCUACAUGUUUGGAAAAGGCAUCUACUUCGCGGACAUGGUCUCCAAGAGUGCCAACUACUGCCACACGUCUCAGGGAGAUCCGAUCGGCUUGAUCCUGCUGGGAGAAGUGGCCCUUGGAAACAUGUAUGAGCUGAAGAAUGCAUCCCAUAUCAGCAAGCUGCCCAAGGGGAAGCACAGCGUCAAAGGUUUGGGCAAAACUGCCCCAGAUCCCAGCGCCAGCAUCACUCUCGAUGGGGUGGAGGUUCCCCUGGGGACCGGGAUUUCGUCGGGGGUCAGCGACACCUGCCUACUCUAUAACGAAUACAUCGUCUAUGAUAUUGCUCAGGUAAAUCUGAAGUAUCUGCUGAAACUGAAGUUCAACUUUAAGACGUCGCUGUGGUGAACGAGGCUUGGCAGGGCCUUAGAAAUGGCCGGGUCACCCUUUAGUUGUUCGGCAGGGGUCCCCUGGCGCAGUCUGCUUCCCACCGACCUCCUUUUCCAGAAAUUUCAGAGCUAAGUCGCCGGCAAACGCUAACCUAAACCCUCUUAGCAAGGAUUUUACCUAAACUGAUAGCCCUACAGUGAACUGAGUUCUCUUAGGUUUAUAAAUGCCUUCAUUUGUGUUUGUCUUUUGGGUUUGUCUGUUUCUCCUGCCAGUUACAGUAGUGGGAGACAUCAGAUUUUUUUCAGCUGACAGGAGAGGGAAUGUCUUGGAAGGCGUUUUUACCCAGAAUAGAUGGGGAAGGAAGGGUGAAGAAAGGGUGUUUACAUUGGCUUCAAAAGACAAAGAAAGUACUUCCGGGUCAUUUAGUGUGAUCUUCCACAGUUUUGAGUUUUUUGGGUUGUUUUUUUGUUUUUUGAAUUUUUUUGAACGAAUGUCAAACACAUUUUUUUUGAGGUAAAAAUAAAAAAGCUAAUUUCCUACUAAUUAGGUUUGCUUUUAUUUUGGGCAGUUGAAUUGUCCCUCUUCAUUUUGAUUUGAGCUUUCUAGAUUGCCAUCUAAGUGUACUUAGAAACAGGAGAUGUUUCCUACCCUUCUCCCUUUCUCCCCCCCCAAAAAAAAUACGGAAAACAAUAAAGCCCCUUGGCAAGGAAGGUAAAAGCUACAUUCUCCAGGAUUGACUUUGAUGGGAUCAUUUAUGCCUUCAGGUUUCGGCAGUAUUCCUGGGGUCCCUGGGGAACUACCACCAUCCAUCCAAGUGCAAGUGGGUGUCUUGCUCUUUCAGACGAGGGUGUGUUCAGACUCUGGAUGGCUUCCUAUUUUGGUUUGCCCGGUGAUUUAGUUGACUCUGACCUGGAUGGUUUUCAGGGCACGAGUUCCCCAGUGGAUGGGGGAGUGCGAGAGCGGUGAUAGUCGGUGCUUGCUGAAGCACCGACGACCUUUCCAGCGUCAAAGGGAGCCCUCCUUGGCAAGAGCCACUCCUCUGAUUGAGAUUAGACCAGACACUAAUUUGGUUCAUCUAGGCCAAACACAGGAAGACUCAUGGGCUUUCGUUUCCUCCGACGGAUUUCACAGGUCUGGGACUUGGAGAGUUUACCAGUUGUGCUCUUAUAAAUUGUCAAUCAAUUUCUCUUCUAUAUUUAAAGUAUACCAAUUCCGGGUAAGCAGGGUUAAAUGCAAGAAAAGCUGCCCUUCCUCAAAAGAGGUCUCUCCUCCCACUCCUAAGCCCCUUGUGGACAGGGAACCUUUCGCUUUGUUUUUUAUGCUUCCCAAGGGCUUUGAACAGGGCAUCUGCACCGCUUAGGGCGAUCAGUAAAUGUGUGUAAAUCCCAGCAAGGGAAAGGCUUAAAUUCUUUAGCAGGAAAAUGGAUUAAACCCUGACAUCACAUCCAGAAUCUAGUGUGUGUCACACAAGAAAAAUCUGGGGGCAUUUGGGUAUUUACUAUAUUGCUGCUGUCUGGAGUAGCUAAUCACAAUCUUAGCAUCCUCACAUGGCAUUAGAUGGUGAAAGACCCGUUUUGACCUGCGAAAGACCAGGAAAAGGGCAGCUAAAUAUUGUCUGGCAUUUGGAGAAUGUUCCCUGUAAACCUUCGGCGGAAGGAUGCAAAUUAAAUAUCUCAUUGGCUUCAUUAAAGAGCCGAGGUUUUGGACCCCCGGCGGCUCGUUCCCUGGGAUCCAGGGAAGCUUGGGGCUCCUGGAUGUGAUCCCAGCACUCCCCACCCCUCACCGCUCCCAGCAAUUUAUGCAGAUACAGCUGCUCCAAGUGACCUGCUGAAGAUGCCCUGACGGGUUUGGCUUUAGUGCUCACGUUUUCCUGGUAGAGAAUCACUCUCCAUCUGUGCUGCACAAUUCACCGAUGCAAGAGGAGUAUUAUUUGAAACCAAACCUGUUUUGGUGCUGUGUGCCCUGGGUCUGCUGUAAAUUAUAUAUACGUAUCCCAGGACCCCAGAGUUGGAAAGGGCCUCGGCCAUUGAGUCCUCUCCCCUGCUUCCACUUAAGACUGGAUGGGUGCUGAAUCUACAUUACCCUCCCAAGGUAACCUGUCCUGCUGCAGAUCCCCCCUCUCCCUCAGGACGGUUUUCCUCAUGUCUUGUGUGUUUAGCUUGCUGCAAUAAUAAUAAUAAUCACUGUGGAAGGUGUUAAGCAUUUACUGUAUGUUAAGUGCUGUGGUGGUUACAGUUUAUGCCACCCACCCCCCUUUUUUCGUCCACUGGUGAAAAAGCUGAUUAGCUCCCCUUGGGUGUAAUCCUUCAGAUAACUGAAGAUAAACUGCUACUUGGCCUUCUUCAUUCUAAAAUGAUCCCAAUUCUGUCCCAUCAAUUCCGUACAUUUUUCUGAAUAAUAGUAAUAACGGUAUUUAAGUGCUUACUAGGUGUCAAACACUGUUCUAAGCACUGGGAUGGGUACAAGUUAAUCAGGAGGGACACAGUCCUUCUGCCACAGGGGGUUCACAGUCUAAGUGAAAAUCUGGAGGCCAAAACUGGGAUAGACCCCACUGUAGGUCAGGAAAUGUUACUUUUUGGGUCUUGCAAGCCAUAAUACUGUUAGUACAUCCAGUAAUACCGUGCAUGGUGCUUUUAUUUUCCAGAGUGCUUUCACAUCAACUCUGUCGUUUUUGUCCUGACAACAUGCCAGUGAGGUUGGGUGAGGCAGGCAGGCAUCCACAUUUUAUAGAUGAGGACACAGGACACAGGCUCAGACAGGUUAAAUGAUUUGCCCACGGACAAACAGCAGGCCAGCUGCAAAGCCAGGAUUAGAAUCCAGGUUUCCAGACACCUAGACUCAUGUUCUUGCCACUGAGCCGUAUCAGUGUCAUGUGUAUAUUGUUGCUUUGCUGACUGGUUGUUAACUCAUGGGCCACAGUGACGAUUUUCUGGGGCCACCAAAAUGUCUGUUCCAAAGCUUGUACCUUGGUUUCUUGCCCUCCUAUUUUAGAUCAUUGUAAACUCCCAGUUUUUGUUGGGCUACACUCGUUUGCCAGUGUCACUUUGAACUCUCAUUUUCACCCCACAAGAUGUUAACAGCUCCUUUCUUAAAAUCACCUGAAAGUUUAACUGAGGGCCUACCUGAUGAUAAUAUAAUCAAACCACUUUGCUUGCUCAUUAACAGUUGUAUGAAACAGUCAAAAAGCGUAUUGAAAUCCAGCCAUUUUAUACCCAGUUCUCCCAGAACCCAAGGGUUGCACAAUAUGCACAUCAAUGUCUCCCGGCAGUGUGUCACACUGGAGCCAGACAGAUACACUCUGUCAAAAGAACGCUCCCUUGUUCUGCUCUUCUGCUGUAUUCAAAAUGUGCAGUGAGACUACGUGUUCUGGCAGAACUGAGAUUACUUAUUGCUUCCUGAGAAGUGAAAAUGUCCGCUACUACUUAAAACAGUGUUCUUCGUGGUGUUUGCAGAUUGGUUGUCUCAAUUAUUCUAAACAUCCAAAUAUGCAUAUUCUCAUUUCCCAGUUAUUGAAAAUAAGUCAACCAGUUUAUAAAUUCCUGAGUUACUGAUUUUUUUCCCCCUUUUUAAGAUGGUUCCCAGGACAGCCCUUUUUCUUCAGUCUUCCUAAAGUAUUCACUUUUGUCUUCCAUGAAUUUCCCCAAUUCAUUCCUCAUAGCUUUGUAAUGCCAAUAGUACCCCAGAAUGUAUGUCACUGGGCCAUGCUUAUUUGAAUAUGCCCAUGUUUGCUCAAAUGGUUUAGAGCUAUUCCUUUCCCACCACUUGACUUCACUCUUCCACUGCAAUUAGUGACCUCCCUGAUUACCUAAUUAAGUUGACUUUUGUAAAGAUGAUUAAAAAUGCAUUGAAAGCCU